AUAUUUAAGUGUUAUCUUUGCGUUCGUUAAUACUGUGUCGACUCUAGCACUGUCAGUCCCAUCUCCUCUAGCUCUGUCCCCAACCUGGUGAGUCGGCAGGAGAAUUGAGAUGUGUAAUAUCAAAAUGGAGCACACGAACCGCUUUGAGCUGCAGAGUUCUUUCCUAUCAGAUGGAUUUGAAGACUAUGGCCCAGAUCGUGACAGCAUGAGGGUAACGGCCUUUCUGGACAUCCCAGGCCAGGAUAACAUGCCUCCACUCGCUCGCCUGGAGAAGUACGCUUUCAGUGAGAACAUCUUCAACCGUCAGAUUGUUGCCAGAGGGCUGCUGGAUGUCCUCCGGGACUUCAGUAACAAUGAGGAGGACUUCUUAACAGUAAUGGAGAUCGUGGUCCGAUUGGCAGAAGACACAGAGCCCACGGUGCGGACCGAGCUGAUGGAGCAGAUUCCUCCUAUUGCUGUUUUUUUACAAGAAAGCAGAUCAGAUUUUCCAGUGGUGCUCUCUGAGUAUCUCACCCCGAUUGUAGUGAGGUACCUCACGGAUCCCAACAACCAGGUUAGAAAAUCAAGUCAGGAAGUGCUCUUGAUUCUUCUGGAACAAGAUCUAAUUUCCCAGCAUGAUAUUGAAAACAAAGUGUGUCCAGUCCUGCUGGCGCUUUCUGCCCCGGACGGUGAUGACGAGUAUAAGGCAGAAGCUGCGAACCUAAUCUGCAAACUGGUUUCCGUGCUGAGUAAGAGCACCGUUGAACGCCUGCUGCUCCCUCGAUUCUGCGAAUUGUGUGGUGACGGGAAGUUCUUUCAAGUUCGGAAGGUGUGUGCUACAAAUUUUGGUGAUAUUUGUCAUGCCGUUGGACAAGAAGCCACUGAGAAAUUUUUGAUCCCAAAGUUUUUUGAGCUCUGCUCAGACAGUGUUUGGGGGAUGCGAAAAGCCUGCGCAGAGUGCUUCAUGGCGGUGUCCUACAGCGCGUCCCCCGAGGUCCGCAGAGCCCAGCUGUCACCCCUGUUCAUCAAGCUCAUCAGCGACCCCUGCCGAUGGGUGCGCCAGGCCGCCUUCCAAUCCCUGGGCCCUUUCAUUUCCACCUUCGCGAAUCCCUCCAGGGCCGGCCUCUACAUUCGAGAAGAUGGCACCCUGAGCAUCCGACCACCGGCUCAGGAUUUGGACUCUGAUCUCCCCUCCGGGGCCCCCUGUGCAGGCAGUUCUGGCAACACUUUCUCAGCCUGUUCCACGAAGCCGCUGCACCCGGAGCCAGACCUGCCCGCAGGAGGCAUGCCAGUGGGAACCGGUGAUUUGCAGCGGGUCGUUAGCUCUGAUGGCCUCAAGGCAGACUCAGUAGAAGACUCUGCCUUGGCUGGAGCCGAGUUGACCAGGCUUUCCCCGGCGACCAGUGCCUCCUUGAAGCUCCCUGCUGGGAGUGACCUCCCCAUCCACAGCCUCCCUGGACCAGGCUCCUCUACCUGCCCAGAGGGUCCUGAGGAUGUAUUCAAUAAUUUCAUUUAUUGGCGAACUCCUCUCCCUGACAUAAGCAAGGACCUAGAGCUGCUUCUGAGUGAGGCUGGGCCCCAGGAGGAGGGCUGUAGCAGGCCUGAGACUGUGCAGCACAGCUGCGUGGCCAGGAGCGAGAUUCAGAAAGUCCUUGAUAGUUUGCAGGAGCAUCUGAUGAAUGAUCCAGAUGUUCAAGCUCAGGUCCAGGUCUUAUCAGCUGCUCUGAGAGCCACACAGCUUGACUCUGUGAUUGAGCCCGAGCACGAGGGGGCCGAAGGUCGGAACGAAGGGUCCGUUUCAGCUCCCGGCCCUGCGCCUGACAGUCCCACGGCUCUCUCGGCUUCCUCAGCGCAGAAGGAGCCCUCUGAGCCCAGGAUAUUACGAAGCACAGACCCCGGCCGACCCUGCGGUGGAGCCGUUGACAGUCUCGAGAUGGAGCAGAGGCAUCUCCCCGCCCCAAUUAAGGAGAAUAAGUCUAAAUUACAGGACAUAAUACCUCAGCCCCUGCUAGAUCAGUACGUGUCGAUGACCGACCCCGCUCGCGCCCAGACCGUCGAUAUUGACAUCGCCAAACACUGCGCCUACAGCCUCCCGGGGGUGGCACUCACCCUGGGCAGGCAAAACUGGCACUGCCUGAGAGACACGUACGAAACGCUGGCUUCCGAUGUGCAGUGGAAAGUGCGUCGGACCCUGGCCUUCUCCAUCCACGAGCUGGCUGUGAUUCUCGGGGACCAGCUCACAGCUGCUGACCUGGUGCCCGUCUUCAAUGGAUUUUUAAAGGACCUGGAUGAAGUACGAAUAGGAAUUCUUAAACACCUGUAUGAUUUUCUAAAGUUGCUUCAUGAAGACAAGAGGAGAGAAUAUCUUUAUCAGCUUCAAGAAUUUGUAGUGACCAAUAACAGCAGGAAUUGGAGGUUUCGAUAUGAACUAGCAGAACAGCUGAUACUCAUUUUGGAGCUCUAUAAUCCCAAUGAUGUUCAUGAUUACUUAAUGCAUAUUGCCUUAAAGUUGUGUGCAGAUAAAGUUUCUGAAGUUCGGUGGAUCUCCUUCAAACUAGUUGUGGCCAUUUUACAGAAGUUUUCCUCCCACAGUGAGAGCGCACUGGGGUUAAGUUUCAUCAGUGAGCUCAUCAUCAGGUUCCGGCACUGCACGAAGUGGGUGGGAAGGCAAGCUUUCGCUUUCAUUUGUCAGGCGGUGGCGGACGAGGAGUGCAUCCCCGUGGAGCAGUUUGUGGAACACUUGCUCCCCGGCCUCCUGAGCCUGGCCUCCGAUCCGGUGCCGAACGUGAGGGUUCUGCUGGCCAAAGCUCUGCGGCAGACGCUGCUGGAAAAGGCGUACUUGAGAAAUGCCGGUAACCCUCAUCUUCAAGUCGUUGAGGAGACUGUCCUGGCCCUGCAGUCCGACCGGGACCCGGAUGUGUCCUUUUUUGCCACCCUGGAACCCAAGUGUCGGGGCACCGCAGAUGUGUGACUGCUGGAGGAACGGAGUUAACCGCCCUGGGCUCCCGCGCACCCCAGGCCCACCGCACGUGGGCGCAGACCACUCGCCCCCGCUUGUCAGGGGUCUCACCAUGUCAUACCUUCUGAGGGAGAAAAGAGCUCUGAAACUUUGAGGACAGGCACUCAAAUGACCUCUUUCCCAUGUGCAGCCCCAGGGACUGCCCUGGGGACGGGCAUCACCCUCUGCGCCCCUGGCUGCUGACCUGGAAGCCUGCGACCGGGUUGUAGGACCAGGUGGCAGCUGGGCACAGGGGUCCAGAUUGCCUUCUCCAUGACAGACUGACUAUGAUUUAAAGCCCCCUCCUCCCAAAAUAAAGUAGUUUAUUAGAAGCUUUUAAGUCUUUCAGAGACUUGCAUAUUUGGCUUCACUCAUGCUUUCCUGUAAAAUAUAGUUUAUGGUAUUAACAUUUUAUUUUUAACAAAUAAUGUACAUAUGUAAAUAACUCUUGACAGGAAGAAAAUAUAUUAACGUAAUAUCAGCCUCCUAUCAGUGAACAGAACAAAUACAUCAUUUAAAUUUAUGCUCCACUUGGAGUUGCUGCAAAUAUAGCCCAAUUUGUUUACUUUUGAAAAAUGUGAUAGUUAAGGAAAUCUGCUGAAGAAUGAUUUAUGGAAGUCUUUCUAAUAUUGUACUUUUGUGUAAACUGUACUUGGAACUUUUCCUCAGGCACUUAUCCCUCCCCUUCUUGAGGUGACUGUAUCCGUAAAGAUCCAUACAGGCCUUUGACAGAGGCAGAAAGAAAGAUUUUUCAUUCUUACGUGUAUUUAUUAUCCGACGUUUAAGAAUGCGGGAGGGAAAUUGAUCAUUGAGAUGCAGGAUAUUGACUUUGCAGCUGAUGCUUCAGGAUCUUUAGCAGAGACUAGGAACCCCCAGUCCCGAUCAGUCCACACACUUGCCAGGGAUUUAGGGUUAAAUUAUGGUGCUUCAGAGUUCAUUCUUCUAAAAUUUAGACCAAGAUGCUCUAGAACUUAAACGGUUUUCAUGAAUAACUUGAGAUUCUAUAAACAUUUCAUUAAAUUCUGUAUAAUGUGUA